UCCCACGCAGCGCCAUGGUUCUCCAGCCUCCUGUCGCCCCUUGUGUGAUUGUGAUAGGAAGGAAGCGUUUGGUUAUGGUAAAUGCGAAAUAGCUUUUAGUUCCUAAGCGUGAUCAGAGAAAAUAUGUUUGGCUCAUCUACAGUUGCACCACAGGUUGCUGGUGUACUCUCAGGUGCAAGCUCAACUAUCAGUGAGGUCAAAUAUGCUCUGUUCUCAAGGUGUGCUAAAUGUGUAUCAUACAGAAGAUACACAAAAUCAUUAAGUCAGCAGGAGAGUAGCUCUACCACAAAUGAGGAUGCAAAAAGCUCAAAUGUUAUAAGUAAACAAGCAAUUCAAGAUCUUGGAUUGAAAGACCUUCCAAAUGACUGGCUUAAAAAGGUUGAUAUACCGAAUACAGCUUGGCUGAAUCUACCAGAUGAAAGAAGUAAACCAUGGAAUAUAUCACAUGUAUCUGCAGAAACCUUUUUCCAGAACAAGCAUGGUUUUGAUCCAAGCAAGAUCUAUCACGAAGAACAUCUUAGGGCUGGGGUUUCACUAUUUAGUAUAUUUAAAGGCAAGGAAAACUUACUGGUGAAUUCAUUUAAACAAGGUAUUCAAAAAAGGUUUAAAAUGAGUUUUGCACCAAGGAAUCGUGUAAUGUACCUUGAAACAAUUGCUAACAAGGAAUCAGGAAACCCAGAUGCUCAGGCAGAAUACCUGAAGGCAAUAAUUAAUGAAGACCCAGAAUAUGUGAUAAGGAGGUGUGAAAGUGGACAGUUUGCAAUCAAUGAUGAUGUCAUAACUCAGUAUUUCAAGGCUUUGGUCUUGACUGACAAAGUCAGCUCAUCUGAAAUACAGGCUUUGGGAAACGCAGCCCUCAGUAAAACAGGCUCAAAGGGAAACUCGAACCUGAAUGCUUUUAAUCCUGAUCGUGGAACAGAAGACCAACCAGUCCAUGUUGUCAUGAACCCAGCAAAAGGCUCAUUCUUUAGAGAACAGUUCUGGAACACCCUAAGAUUUCUGAUCGGCCUGUUCUUAAUUCUAUCCGUUAUUGAAGCACAAUUACAAAUGAAAAUGACUACAAACCAAAAGGAAAUCAUGCCGGAUCAGUCUGAGAAAAGGGUGAAGUUUUCUGACGUACAAGGGUGCGACGAGGCAAAACAAGAGUUGAAGGAAGUGGUAGAGUUUCUAAGAUCGCCAGACAAAUUCACCAAGCUUGGUGGAAAGCUGCCAACGGGGGUACUUCUGAUUGGACCACCUGGCACGGGAAAAACACUCUUGGCACGAGCAGUCGCGGGGGAAGCGGGUGUCCCUUUCUUUUUCUGUUCCGGUUCAGAAUUCGACGAAAUGUUUGUCGGAGUAGGAGCUGCUAGAGUCAGAAACCUUUUCACUGCUGCGAAGGAACAUUCUCCGUGCAUUGUUUUCGUCGAUGAAUUGGAUGCGAUUGGAGGAACGAGGAUUCCAAACGAUCACCAACCCUACUCUAGAAUGACGUUGAACCAGCUUCUUGUUGAAUUGGAUGGGUUUGAUAAAACAGAGGGGAUCGUAGUAAUCGGAGCAACAAAUUUUCCCGAAAUUCUUGAUAAAGCACUGACAAGACCAGGACGUUUCGAUAGCAAAGUAAUUGUGGCAAUUCCUGAUGUGCGAGGAAGAAAAGAAAUUCUUGACUUGUAUUUGAAGACCGUGCCAUGUGGAGAUGAUGUAGAUUCGACGGUCAUCGCACGAGGAACGCCUGGAUUUUCCGGAGCUGAUUUGAAUAAUUUGGUUAACCAAGCUGCCAUUCGUGCCGCAGUGGAAAGCGAUCCUUACGUCACAUUGAAGCAUCUUGAAUGGGCGAAAGAUAAAAUUAUUAUGGGUCCUGAAAGAAAAAAUGCCGUUAUAGAAGAAAAGAACCGAAUUCUGGUUGCGUACCAUGAAAGUGGCCAUGCAGUUGUUGCUAUGUAUACUCCAGAUGCACUCCCAGUGCACAAGGCUACCAUUAUGCCAAGAGGACAAGCUCUUGGAAUGGUGUCCCAGCUACCUGAGAAAGACGAGUUAUCAUGGUCUAAAAAGCAGUUGUUAGCAAAAAUGGAUGUUUGUAUGGGCGGUCGCGUAGCCGAGGAGAUCAUAUUCGGAAAAGACAGCAUAACAACUGGUGCAUCGAGUGACAUGGAGACAGCAACGAAAAUUGCAACUGCCAUGGUUGUUAAAUACGGAAUGAGUGAGAAGGUUGGUGUUGUGAAUAUUGGUGACACUGAUAAACUAAGCCCAUCACUGCGAGCUACGGUCGAGAAUGAAAUCAAUACCCUCCUGAAGGAAUCAUACGAGAGAGCAAGGAGCAUCCUAACAGCUCGCGCAUCAGAGCACAAAAGAUUGGCAGAAGGACUGCUCGUGCAUGAGACAUUGGAUUCUGAUGAAUUAAAGCUUGUUGUUCAGGGUAAACAAUUGCCAUCAAAAAUUUAAAGGCCUAGUCUUUUUCGUUUCUUUUUUGCGAAAAUGUACCCCGUGACCGUUGAUUGUUUCAAGACUUGACGUCAAAAUUUGGCCAUCAUAGACAUGCGUCAUUGCCAGUUGUGUAGUUUCAUGGAAAUAGGUUUUGAGUCGCCCGAACAGAAAUCUAGAAACUGCUGAAAUCCUCCAUAAUGUGUAUUCUUGUAGGAACUGGAGUUGUGGCCGAUUUAUACCGGUUUUUCAAUUAAUCCAUUUACUAGCCAGAUCCUGUAAAUUGAGACCCUGGACACCGAAUAGAGAUUGUGUCCUGUGCCCUGGGUUUUGUGAAACCUCAGCUGGGUCAAGAAUGCAGUAGGAUCUUUAUUAUACUUGCAUCUGUCAAUAUGAGAUUUUUUGCUUGCAGAAAUUCGUGAUGUUUUCGCAGAUCAACUCGCGUUUCAAUUUAUGCAAUUUAUUUUAGUUUUCGUUCAUAGUUUUCAGAUUCAGUAAAAAAACUACUUUUUUUAAUUUGAUUAAAAUAAACUAAAAGUGUGUAAUGUGUGACCUAUUAACGUCAAUAUUUUAAUUAAAUCAGUCAUAUUUGUUUCGUGAGAAUUGUCACUGUGUCAUUGUAUUUUUAUUCACUUACUUGACUAAGCGAGUUUUUUAGGAUGUCUUUUAAUACGCCUAUAGAAGCAAGUAGCAACCAGAUUUCUGUGACGAAAAACUUGAACGCAGUUGAUCGAGAAAGAAUUGAAAAAAGUCUUCUUAAGUUCGGUCUCCUUAAUGUAGAUGUGAAGUGUAAAUGAUUCCAUGUUGAAAUAUUAAUCGUGAGAUUUAAAAAAAAUAGAGAAUGAUUGAUAUAUCAGCUUCUCGUUUAUAUUUGAAUGUUUGCAAAGAAACAAGUCGUUCCUGUUGUA